AGAUGACGAGGGCAAAUCACAUCCACAUCUUUUCGCCAAAAAAAAAAUGAACAGCUUGCUCGCGUGUCUGUGUACUCCGUAUAUCCGUAUUUCAUCAGUGUCCUGCUCACCUGCUGAGCUGCACUCACACUGUGCAUUUCACUGCAAACAGGUCGAACUCGCUGCCCAAGAAGCAAGAACCGGCGGCCAUGGCAGUAGGCAGUAGCAGAGGCCGAGCAUGGAGGAGCCGCCUCUCCUUCCCCUCUCCACGUCGUGGUGUUCCCGUGGCUGGCGUUCGGCCACAUGAUUCCGUUCCUCGAGCUCUCCAAGCGGCUGGCGCGGCGCGGCCACGCCGUCACCUUCGUGUCCACGCCGCGGAACGCCGCCAGGCUGGGCGCCGUCCCGCCGGAGCUCGCCGCGCGCCUGCGCGUCGCCGCGCUGGAGCUGCCGGGCGUCGAGGGCCUGCCCCGCGGCGCCGAGUCCACCGCCGACGUCCCGCCCGAGAAGGUCGGCCUGCUCAAGAAGGCCUUCGACGGCCUCGCCGCGCCGUUCGCCGACCUCGUCGCCGAGGCCUGCGCCGGCGCCAAUGGCGACGCCACCGCGGGGUUCUCGAGGAAGCCCGACUUCGUCAUCCACGACUUCGCGCAGAAUUGGAUCUGGCCGAUCGCCGAGGAACACGAGAUCCCAUGCGCCGUCUUCAUCAUCUUUCCGGCGGCGAUCCUCGCCUUCGUGGGCUCGCGGGAGGCGAACGAGGCGCACCCGCGGAGCACGGCGGCGGAGGACUACAUGGUCCCGCCGCCGUGGAUCGACUUCCCCACCACCAUGGCGCAUCGCCGCCACGAGGCGCGGGCCAUCGCCGCCCUGUUCCGGCCCAACGACUCCGGCGUGUCCGACGUGGAGCGCUUCUGGGAGAUGCAGCGGCCCUGCUGCCGCCUCGUCGUGCUCCGCAGCUGCCCCGAGGCCGAGCCCCGGCUGUUCCCGCUCCUCACCGAGCUCUACGCCAGGCCGGUCGUCCCCGCCGGCCUCCUCCUGCCCGACGAGCUCGUCGGCGGCGACGACGACGGCGCCCCGGGCGGCGACCGGCCGAUCCCGGACGUCGUGCGGUGGCUGGACGGGCAGCCCCCGCGGUCCGUCGUCUACGUCGCUCUCGGGAGCGAGGCGCCGGUGACGGCGGAGCACGUGCGGGAGCUCGCGCUCGGGCUGGAGUUCUCCGGCGCGCGCUUCCUCUGGGCGCUCCGGCGGCCGGUCGGGCACUCCGGCGAGCUCCUCCCGGACGGGUUCGAGCGCCGCGUCGCGGGGCGCGGCGUCGUGCGCGCCGGGUGGGUGCCGCAGGUGCGCGUGCUGGCGCACGCCGCGGUGGGCGCGUUCCUGACGCACUGCGGCUGGGGCUCCACCGUGGAGAGCCUCUUCCGGUUCGGGCACCCCCUCGUGAUGCUGCCGUUCGUCGCCGACCAGGGCCUCAUCGCGCGGGCCAUGGCGGCGCGCGGGGUCGGCGUCGAGGUGCCGAGGAACGAGGACGACGGGUCGUUCCGCGGGGACGACGUGGCGGCGGCGGUGCGGCGGGUGAUGGAGGAGGAGGAGGGCCAGGAGCUCGCGCGCAAUGCCAGGGAGCUGCAGGAGGUUGUGGGGGACAGGGCGAGGCAGGAGCAGUAUGUUGAUGAGCUCGUGGAUCAUCUGCGACGCUGUAAAUAAAUGAAGUGCGUGUAGGUCCACGUGGAUCAGAUAGAGAGAUUAUGAAAAGCUGGUUUGUAGUUUGGGGUUUGUAAAAGCUAGAUUGUUAAAACUCAAGUCUGUUUGAAUCGCUCUAUUUUAUCAGGGAUUUGGAUUGUUGCCUUUGAACGAAAACAGUCUAUAAUGACCUUGGCAGGAGUGGCUGGGUAAAUCUAAGGUGUGUUUGGAUGUGCUAAA